CCCCGCCGAGAAACGUCCAGCGCCCGCCUAAACGCGCGCUAUCCCCUACCGCGUCGUCUUCCCGCGCCUCACCGCCUCCGCCACCCACCCAGCAGGCGGCGAAACCACCCGGGCCGCUCAAGAAACUCCCCCUCGACUUCGAGCCCAAGCUCGCCAUCCCAUGGGCGAAUAACCACGUCCUGGUGUGCAUCAACACUGACUAUGGACCCGGCGAUCCCGCGCUACUCGGCCCCGAACACGUCUACACCUGCGAUGACGGCAAUUGGGGCUGGCAUGAUCCCGGUCGUCAGCCUCAACCUCUCGAUCCCGCGGCGCUGUAUCUCGCCUUCACGCCAACUCCCGACGCAGCCGAUUCCGCCAUGACGCGCUUGCCUCAAUUCCGCGAGCCGCGCAAGGAAGACACAGUCCCCGGCGUCAACAAGAAAGGCCGCGCUCAAGAGAACGUCUUCCUGAGUUGCGACGAGGUGCACAAGGAACGGGAAGAGGAGUUCCGGAGGCUGGAAUACCUCUUGCGCGCUGCUGUCGGGCUGUUCCAUGACGCCAUGGCCAAGACGAAGCACGAUAAGGCAACCGUCCAGCACCGCGUCGCCACGGAGAUCAGGCCUCCCUACGCGGCUGCGAGCAUCAUGAAGCGCUCGUGGGGCACGCUGCACUGGGCAGGGCUCAGAUCGUGGCCCGAUUACAUGGUCUGCGCCCGGACAAAUCAACGUUCCUCCGCCUUCGUGACCGCGUACAUCGACUUUAUGGCCGCCUUUCUCCCGAAAGAGUACGCAAAGUCGCUUCGCCGCCUCAUCCCACGCAGCGCGAAGACGUCUCGACGGGGUGUCAUUGUCAGCGGGGAGCAGAUCAACAUCUACCUGCGAUUCCUCGUCCAUAUCGGUGCCCCCGUUUAUGCGCUCGUCGACCGCGACGAAUACUAUGUGCCUGAUGGGAUCUUGCGCGAUCAUAUGCCCCCUCGCUGUAGUGUUGUACCAUCCGUGCCGUUUUCCGAUAUUCGUCAGAGAGACCUUCCCUUGUCUUGGUAUGCGCCUCAGGGCAUCGACUGGCGCCACAUCGAGCUUAUCGCCUUUCAUGGCAUCUCGAUUCCUGGUAGUGCGAUGCGGAUGUCGGAUAGGAAGGAGGCGGACUUGGCAAGGAUGCAGGGGAAGGCGAAAGGUGCGUGA